AUUGGUACUUCUAGAGUUUGCUAAUCAAAUGACGCAAGCAGCCAAAUCAGCUGCUGAGCGCGCUCUUUGUAUCGUAGAGAAGUCAUCUAGAGUACGGAUUCAGGAUCUGCGAGAUAAUGUAGGAGCCAGAACCUUAGGUCGACAAGUCCAUAAAAAGCACAAUCAGGCAGGGCAUACUAGAGGGGCUUUGCAACAUGCUGCGAAGCCGCCACUUGGAUGGAUAUGGGGAGAUUUCUACAAGCCGUGGCAUAGAAUUUUCCCUGGUGACAAGAAUUUCAAUGCAGAUAUCAACAUCCGCCGUGAAUAUGUCCCAUUAUCGCUGAUUGAACUGUGCCGCUUGAUUGAUCUGGGAUGGGUGGAUCCUUCACGCCCUAUAGAUGUAGCGGCAUUAUGCGCGACCCAAAAGUUUGUUAUAAAACCAAACCUGCGCCAAUGCGGUUUUGAUCUCACAUCUGAGGGUGCUGACAUUUUCACUUAUAAAAUUGAUAUUGAAGUACAAUAUGCGUCGCAGUCUGCGAUUUCCGCAAUAGAAAGAGCUGGAGGUCGGAUACGUGUUGCUUACUACGAUCCUGAGUCAUUGCAGGCGGCUGUUGAUCCCAGAACUUGGUUUAGAUUAGGAAAGCCUGUGCCUGCUCGAAAAGCUCCCCCUCCGUCGUUGUUAGAAUAUUACACCGAUCCUCUCAACCGCGGUUAUCUGGCAGACUUUCACGAAUUAGGCAAAGCUCGGCAACGACUAGGACUUGUGAGGGGAUAUAAAGUGCCCGACGAGGAAACAAGGCUUGGAGAUAAAGGGCCCACUCAAGUGUUUUAUGGAAUCCCUCCUGGAGCUUUGGUCUCUCUUGCAGAUAAAAAAGUGUUUUUACCUACGAAUCCAAUAGUCAGAGAUUAUUACCAUAAAGAUUUCGUUGCUGAUAAACAGUUUCCAUAAUUUAAUCUGAUAAUUAAUAUGGUUUAUAGAUUAGGUUAGAUAGCAAUAGUUCUUUUUUGCUUUUCCGUUGUACUUAAUUGUUACACUCUGUUACAAACAUGUUUUCCGUUUGAUCGAUUUGAUUGGCAUAAAAAUAUAUAUCAAG